AUGUGGACAACAACUGAUUUUAUUAUAUUCCAGAAAACAUUUUUUAGUGUUUUAGUACCAAUUAUAAUUAUUAUUGGUACAGUCGGAUCUAUUCUAAAUGUAAUCGUAUUUUCCGUUAGUAAAAAACUUCGUUCAAGUUCAUGUUCACUUUAUUUAAUAUUUGCUUCGAUUACUUAUGCUGUAUAUUUAAAUACUGUUGCACUAUUAAGAUUACUUCAAGUUAGUUACAAUAUUGAUCCAGCUUCACAAUGGUUAUGGUUUUGUAAAUUAAGAUAUUAUUCUGUUGGAAUUUUAUUAAUGUUACCUCGAUCAUAUAUGUUAUUAGCUGCUAUUGAUCGAUAUUUCAUGAGUAAAUCACGUCAACAUCGUUUUUUGUCGUAUCGUAUUGCAUUGAAAAUGAUUGUAUUAACAUUUUUCUUUUGGUUGAUUGUAUGCGUUCAUUUCGUGAUUUUUUAUAAUAUUAAAAUCUCUUCAAAUGGAACAAAUUAUGUUUGUUCAAAUCCACCUGGUUCAUAUUCAACAUUUCUUAGUUUUUAUUCAAUAUUAAUAAAUGGUAUUUCAAUACCAUUAUUAAUGACAAUAUUUGGUUUAUUAACACUUCAUAAUCUUAAACAUUAUCGUAAUCAAAUUCAUAAUAAUUUUAUUAUUUUAGUACAACGAAGGAAGAAAGAAGAAUGGUCAAUACUUCGAAUGAUUCUAAUACAACUCAUUGUUAAUGUUAUUUUAUCAUUACCAGUAACUAUUUAUUUAUUUUAUAAUGGUUUAACGCAAUAUGUUGAAAAAUCAUCGCUUAGAAAUUUUAUUGAAAAUUAUAUUUAUAAUAUGUUUACUCUCCUACCAUAUAUAAAUGCAGCUGCAUCUUUCUAUGUAUAUUCAUUAACUUCUCGGACAUUUCGUAAGGAAUUAUGUUAUCUUACUAUUCAUUUUUCAACAUCGAUAAAACAAAGUAUAAUAUAUCAUUCAAGAGCAUUAUUUACUCAUUCGUUUACACCAUAA